AUGCCCUUUGUCGCCAACACCCCCGAGUCCCUCCUCUCCCGCUCCGACUCCAAGAAUCCAUCCUCAACAUGCCGCGGCAUAACCUCCAACGGCCGGCCCUGCCGCCGCCCCGUGCCUGCAAAGCCAGCAACUUCGAGACCCAGCACGCCCGACCCCCGCGACGAGUCCCUCUACUGCUGGCAGCACCGUGAGCAGGCGAGCAUGUCUGCGCACUCGAGUCCCGGCCCGAGAGCCACGGCGACGCCUAUACUCGAGGGACGCACGAGUCUUGAUACGUUGGCUGAUAGGCUUGGGUUGGUGGAGUUGCAGGAUAAGAAGAAGAGGAGGCAGAGGACGGAUAGUGGAGGACGGAAGACGAGCAAGCCAAAGCCAAAGCAGACUCUUUCCUGCUGCUUCUGCUUCUCCAUCCCUCUCGAGGAAGUUCCCGAGACUCGUCCAGCGCGUCCUCAACCUCGUCCCGUUCAGCGAACCUCCAUACCCGUUCCUCCGAAACGCAACUCCAAGCAGCACCUAUCCGCCUCGCAGGAUACAUCCCCCGGCAAAUCCUCCCGCCGAUCUCGCAAGUCGACAGGCUCGCAAACGGGGCAGAUCAAGAGCUUUAUCCCCGACUCGCUAGACACGACAACUGCCUCUGCCCUCAUGGCAGAGCUGGCACGUCCAUUCGUAGAUUCAGAAGAACCAGGCUUCAUCUACAUGUUCUGGCUCACGCCAACCUCCGACUCGACAUCUCCACCCGUCGACGCCGCUCGUUCUCUCCUCUCCCCUCCAUCGCCAUCCCGUCCUUCACGAUCCCGCCGUCCAAGCGACGUGGUCUCCUCAUUCGCAGCCACAGACCCAUCAACCGCCCACUCCACCAUGCUCCUCAAGAUUGGCCGAGCCUCCAACGUCCAGCGCCGGCUAAAUCAAUGGCAGCGGCAGUGUGGACAUGAAGUGGAGAUGCUACGGUACUACCCUUACCUUCCCGGGUCGCAAGAGUCGUCGGGCGUGGUACCACAUAUGACGACCCACGUGCACCGUGUUGAGCGGUUGGUGCACAUUGAGCUUGCGGGUAUAGGGCUCAAGGCAAACGGGGGCAAGUGUGAGGCGUGCGGAAGAGAGCACAGAGAGUGGUUCGAAGUAGAGGCGACGAGGGAGGGUAUCAGGGCGGUAGAUGGAGUUAUAAGGAGAUGGAUUGAAUGGGAUGAGACGAAUCCAUCAAGUUAA